AAUUAAGGGCUUCCCCAAAUUCACAUGAAGCUUAAGUUUCUUGAGGACAAGGACUAUCUUAUUUGAUCCAGGACUCAGCUGUGAUAAACCAGUGGUCCUAUUUCCAUUCCUGUUUGUGAGAGCUUGGGAGGGGGGUGGUCCAGAGGUUGGGUAGGGAGUGGUCAGAUGAAUAGGAACCACUAGGAACACAAACUGGAAAGAGAAACUGAGAUGCCAUUGCCGAUGGCAGAGAGGACACAGAUGCCAGGCAGGUAGAAAUGGCAGUGCCCGCUCCUCUUUGAAUCCUUAACACCAGUCCUAGAGUAGGCUUUCAAUAGUAUCUGAAAAUAAAUGAAUGGAUCUGUACUGUUCUUUCAGUCGAUGUCACAUUCAGAGCAUGGAAAUAUCAUGGGGACCAUUAAAGAUGGUGAAGACCUCACGGGGGAGGUUGGACUUAGGUUGGCUUGAGGUAGAGAGUAGACGUGAAGAAGGAGGAGGGCUCCUAUGUAGAGGGAACUUUGGACAAAGGCAGAUGCACCUGGAAUACUUAACCUCGUCAACUGCUGCAAUUUCCUUGACUUCUGUAAUAUCUUGUCUGCCCUCCAAAUUCCUGAACUGAGGGAGGGUUUUCCUCACUAAGCCAGUGCCAGGAAAACCAAGGCAUGAUUCUUGUUAGCUACCCUUGUACCCAUCUCGGCCACUGUUUGUGGACCUUGAGUCUAACUUGUUAACUGCUUUGAUUUGCUUACAUUAUUCAUGCAUGUUGAGACAUUGGUGUUUGGGCUCACCCAACUGGAGUUUCCUUCCAGGUUAACAUGUUUGUUGAAGGAUUCCACGAUGCCAUCCUCCUCUAUGUUCUGGCUUUACAUGAAGUACUCAGAGCUGGUUACAGCAAGAAGGAUGGAGGGAAAAUUAUCCAGCAGACUUGGAACAGGACAUUUGAAGGUAUUGCCGGGCAGGUGUCCAUAGAUGCCAACGGAGACCGGUAUGGGGAUUUCUCCGUGAUCGCUAUGACAGACCCCGAGGCAGGCACCCAGGAGGUCAUUGGUGAUUACUUUGGAAAAGAAGGUCGUUUUGAAAUGCGGCCAAAUGUCAAAUAUCCUUGGGGACCUUUAAAACUGAGAAUAGAUGAGACCAGAAUUGUGGAACACGCAAACAGCUCUCCUUGCAAAUCAUGUAAGUUUAGAGACUUAAUUUGCUCUGCUUUUCACCGUCUGCACUAUCACCAUGAUGCAAGUUUAAAAGACAGAUUCUAUCCAGGAGCUCAUAUUCUGAAAGUCCACCUUCCUUUUUCUGAUGUGGAGAUUACAGACCACAUGGAAGAUGUUUCUAGGAGAGCAAGUAGAUGGGUGAGGCAACUCAAACUGUUCCAUGUUAUUGCUGAUGCAGCUAUCCUGGGGACCCCUGAAAGCACCGAGGAUGUUUAG